UCCCUCAUCAAACCCAUAUUCCCCACUUCCACCGCAACCGCACCCCCACUCACCUCUUAUCUUCUUCUCCCAUUUUUUUCUUGUUUUUAUUUAUUUUCUUUUUUUCCUCAUGCUUUUUUCCACGCUAAUACCCAUGGAUUGUGAGACCCAUCUCACCAUCUCUCCCCCUCCCCGUUGCAGCUGAUCGUGGUCAUCUUUUCUCUUGGCGGUCGCCGAUCUUGCUUGCUCCUCUGCAAUAAUCAACCAACCAUCUGAAUUCAUCCUGCAAUUUGGAGCUCCUCAGGCACAUAUGUCAGGACAGAUGUCGGGGCAGGUACCUAAUCAAGCUGGAAGUCAGUUGCGCGGAUUGCCACAGCAAAAUGGAAGUUCUCUCCCUUCCCAGAUUCAAAAUCUAGAUGCACAUCGUAAUACACGGAAAAGUAUGCAAUGCAAAAUCUAUGAAUAUAUUAUACAGCGACAGUCAUCUCCCCACGAUCUUCAACCGAAGAGGGUGGUAGAUAUUGUUAGGCGCUUGGAUGAUGUUUUGUUCAGGAGUGCUGCCACAAAGGAGGACUAUGCUAAUCUGGAUACCUUGGAGAGCCGUUUACAUGAUUUGAUUAAAGGCCUGCCACUGAUUACUCACAACCAACAAUUUCCACAAGCAGUUAAUUCUUCCUCUGCUAUGAGUACAAUGAUACAAACACCUGGUAUGUCUGACAUCGGGAGCUCAAAUUUAAUGGUUACAUCUUCUGCAGAUACUUCCAUGAUUGCUGCUAGUGCAUGUAAUAGCAUAGCACCUACAACUGUCAACACUGGGAGUGGGUCCUCAGUUGGCAUACACAGCGGUUCCUUCAAUUCAUCUGAUGGAUCCCUGUGUAAUGGAUACCAGCAAUCAACAUCCAGUUUUUCCAUCGGCUCUGGUGGAAACAGCAUCAUGUCUUCAAUGAGUGGGCUAAGAAUCACAAGCCAAAUGAUUCCUACGCCUGAAUUUAAUAGUAAUAAUAAUCAGUCUCACUUGAAUUCUGAAUCUUCCGAUGACGGGUAUGGGCAGAAAGCUGAUGGAACUUGAUUUGGGGGACGGAUCUUAGAGAUCUUCAGAUUUCUCUUUGUAUUUUCUUUUCUUCAGAGUUCUCUUUUUAUUUUCUUUUUUUUUUUUCUUUCAUUUUGGUAGAAGGUUACAUUGAGAGCUCUUCUUGUAUUUUUUUUU